ACUCUGGCUCCAUACAUAUAAAUUCAGAUUUUUAUCAUCUGCGUGAGUGGCUAGCUGGUUGGCUCUCACUUUCCUAAAAUAUCGGUUAGCCAGCUUUGCUUUCUCGUCUCCUUAUGCACGCCUAAGCAACACGCUUCUCUUAUUUUUAUUUUUAUGCUCUACCGUUACACUCUUCAAAAGAUCUGCAUUUCAACCCGAUUUUCAGGGCUUCAUGUUGAACAAUCAUAUGGCUGGGAACAAUUGUGCUCCAGUUACGCCUAGAACUAGAUUGGAAAGGCUUUUGCGGAAUAGGGAGCUUCGUAAAAUCAACAGGAUUCUGAACUCCAACGAUGAUUUCGGUGAAGGUACUGUUGACGCGGAGCUUGAGGCAGAAAAUAUUGGUCUGCUUCAUGAAGAAACUCUGCUGGAAGGGGUUGAUGGAAGUGAAUGGCCAGAGGGACCUCCUAAACAACGGUUACUGGUGGUCGCCAAUAGGUUGCCGGUCUCUGCAGUGAGGCGGGGCGAGGAUUCGUGGCAGCUUGAAAUAAGUGUAGGGGGGCUAGUCAGUGCACUUCUGGGUGUGAAAGAGUUUGAUGCCAGAUGGAUUGGUUGGGCUGGAGUAAAUGUGCCUGAUGAAAUUGGACAAAGAGCACUAACAAAAGCUCUGGCUGAAAAGAGGUGCAUCCCGGUUUUUCUUGAUGAAGAUAUUGUUCAUCAGUAUUAUAAUGGCUACUGUAACAACAUAUUGUGGCCUCUUUUUCAUUAUCUUGGACUUCCCCAAGAAGAUCGCCUUGCAACAACCCGUAGUUUUCAGUCUCAGUUUGAUGCAUAUAAGAAGGCAAACCAAAUGUUUGCUGAUGUUGUAAACGAGCAUUACGAAGAGGGAGAUGUUGUAUGGUGUCAUGAUUACCACCUAAUGUUUCUUCCCAAAUGUCUCAAAGAACAUAAUAAUAACAUGAAAGUUGGUUGGUUUCUCCACACACCUUUUCCUUCCUCUGAAAUACAUAGGAUGUUGCCAUCCCGCUCAGAGUUGCUGAGAUCCGUUCUUGCUGCUGAUCUAGUUGGAUUCCACACAUAUGAUUAUGCAAGGCAUUUUGUAAGUGCAUGUACCCGUAUCCUUGGACUUGAGGGUACACCUGAAGGAGUAGAGGAUCAAGGAAAACUGACUCGUGUGGCUGCGUUUCCUAUUGGGAUAGACUCCGAGCGGUUCAUUCGAGCACUUGAACUCCCUCAGGUUCAGGAACACAUGAAAGAAUUGAAGGAAAGAUUUGCAGGCAGGAAGGUAAUGUUAGGCGUCGAUCGUCUUGAUAUGAUCAAAGGAAUUCCGCAGAAGAUUUUGGCAUUCGAAGAGUUCCUUGAGCAAAACCCGGAGUGGCGUGAUAAAGUAGUAUUGCUGCAAAUAGCUGUGCCAACGAGAACAGAUGUUCCAGAAUAUCAGAAACUCACGAGCCAGGUUCAUGAGAUUGUUGGUCGAAUAAAUGGGAGAUUUGGAACUCUUACUGCCGUUCCAAUACAUCACCUGGAUCGAUCUCUUGACUUUCAUGCAUUAUGCGCGCUAUAUGCUGUAACUGAUGUGGCACUUGUUACGUCUUUAAGGGAUGGAAUGAAUCUUGUCAGCUAUGAGUUUGUUGCCUGCCAAGCUUUCAAGAAAGGGGUCCUCAUACUAAGUGAGUUUGCAGGAGCAGCACAAUCUCUUGGUGCUGGUGCUCUAUUGGUGAACCCAUGGAAUAUCAGUGAAGUUGCUGCUUCAAUUGGUUAUGCUUUGAAUAUGCCAGCAGAUGAAAGAGAAAAAAGACAUAACCAUAACUUCAGGCAUGUGACAACUCACACAUCCCAAGAGUGGGCUGCAACAUUUGUAAGUGAGCUCAAUGAUACCAUUGUGGAAGCUCAAUUAAGGACAAGACAAGUUCUACCCUUGCUUCCAGUCCAAGUCGCAAUUGAACGAUAUUUGGAAUCCAACAAUCGUUUGCUUAUUCUGGGGUUCAAUGCAACUUUAACCGAACCAGUGGAUGCUUUAGGUAGAAGGGGUGGUCAAAUUAGAGAACUGGAGCCUAGAUUGCACCCGGAGUUAAAAGAACCAUUUAAGAAACUCUGUGCUGACAAAAAGACAACUAUUGUUGUCCUCAGUGGAAGUGAUAGAACCAUUCUGGAUGAAAACUUUGGGGAGUACAACAUGUGGUUGGCAGCAGAAAAUGGGAUGUUUCUACGUCUUACAACUGGAGAGUGGAUGACAACAAUGCCAGAAAACCUCAAUAUGGAUUGGGUCGACAGUGUUAAGCAUGUUUUCGAGUAUUUUACAGAAAGAACACCUCGUUCUCAUUUUGAGCUUCGUGAAACUUCUCUUGUAUGGAAUUACAAGUAUGCAGGCAUAAAUGAAUAUGUUGAUUUUGGAAGGAUACAAGCUAGGGACAUGUUGCAGCAUCUCUGGACAGGUCCGAUCUCAAAUGCAGCUGUUGAUGUUGUUCAAGGUGGUCGUUCUGUUGAGGUUCGAGCAGUUGGUGUUACAAAGGGUGCAGCAAUCGAUCGUAUUUUAGGAGAAAUCGUUCAUAACCAAGGCAUGAAGGCACCCAUUGAUUAUGUGCUCUGUGUUGGCCACUUUCUGACAAAGGAUGAAGAUAUCUACACAUUUUUCGAGCCAGAGCUUCCUGCUGAAUUACCUACUAUAGCACGAUCCAGAUCACCAGACCAUUUUGUUUCUCCAGUGCCAAAAAUUCCCUGCAGCAAAACCCGUUCCAAGGCUCACCUUAGAAAACAGCGCUCCUUGCCGACUCUCGAGAAUAGCAGUUUCGUUAAUGCUGCUUGGCGACCUAUUGUCCGAGAGAGAAUUUCGAUGCACGAGGGUUCUUCUGUACUUGAUCUCAAGGGAGAGAACUAUUUCUCCUGUGCUGUUUCACGAAAACGAUCAAAUGCUCGGUAUCUCCUUGCGACUCCAGAUGAUGUUGUCACACUCUUGAAGGACCUAGCGGAUUCGUCAUCGUUAUAAGUCCGAGUUCAGUCUGGCUGGUCUUUAGCAUUGCUCUAAUCCAGAAUUCUGAGAUCUUAACAUCCUAAUAAGGAGCUAGAGGUUGGUACGUUGUGGCUAAAUUGCAAAUGUACCUUUUUUUGUGUGCAUAUAGAACCUUGUUCCUACAGCUUCUUUUAGGCAUAUGGUUUCAUUUUUUACGGUAUCCGGAGAUGUACAUGAUGAGAAAAACUUCUGUCAUUCUUCAAAAUUACAAUUUUAGUGGAGCAGAUAAUUUCGGAUUA